AUCAUGGAAUAGGGUGGAAUGGGAGAAAAGGAAGGGGCACUAAACUGGCUUCUCAAAGAGUGGGGUUAGGGGCUUGGCACUAGAAGAAGCAGGGUGUAAUAAGCAGGAGGUAAAGAUAAGUAGGUGAAAACAUGGCACUGAGUUUGGCUGGGAAUAUAGGUGGGAAAGAUCAUUGGAAAUGAGAGUCAUGGCAUUUCGGUUGAAUUACAAAAAAGGAUAUCAGGGACAUGGUAUCAGAAAAGUGUAGAUUUGGAAAAAUUAAGUCAAUGAGUUUAGGAAUACUUAAAUAGGGGUGGGCUUAGUAGCCAAAAGGCAUCACUUUGAGAAGAGUAUGGAAGAAUCCAGAGGUGUAAGAGAGAUGUUUGAAAAGGAAAUGGCUGAUAUAUACAGGUCUUGAAUCUAGACAUCAGAAGAAACUUAGGAUACUGAUUUCAGUGGAUAUGGCACCCAUUCUGGUGACUAGCCACAAGAGUGCUGAAUAGGGGUUGAGGAGAAAAAUAGAACACUUUCAUCACAUCUCUUUUGACUUCCUUUUCCUCCUCUCUUCCUCUUCCCACAUACCAUCUCUUCCUAACUCAGGGAUGGGGGCCUGAGACUAAGCGGUCCAAGUUGGAGCCCCAUAGGAGUUAUAUGUUGCUCUGAAUUGCUUGUUAUGGUCUCUGACUGGGGUGUUUACUACCCAAGGCACCUCCUACCCAGAUUCCCUUGUUGCUACUUUCCUAACUUUAAAAGUUUGUUUUCUACUUAACACGGGUGUUUUAGUAUCUCUAAGGGUUAUGUCAUAAAUAAACUUAGGUUUGUGGGGGUGUGCAAAGUUUUUUCAGCAAGGCUGCUUGAUUCCUAUGUUUAAAAGAAUCAAUCAGUAUAGUACAAUACUAUAGUAUAAUUCUUGUAGAGACAUCAGCCUUGAUAGGUAUUCUGAGCACAGAAAAAUAUACUAAACUGGUUCAUUUUGUUAAAUGUGUUUUACCCAGGCAUAUUCUUUAAGAGUUGUUAAAUGGAUAGUUGCAGUGAGUUUUAGCUAGCUUAUAUUUGUUAAGUGGUGUAAAUAAAACGGACACAUAUUUCAGGAAAGUAAGAAAAUUUCAGUUUCUUCCUUUUUGUCCAGGCUCAGAAUCUAAGUUUAUGUCAUAAUAUCUUAGGGCAGGAGUUGAGGAAAUCAAAUACAAUUUGUACUUAAAUAUGGAGGAUGUAAGCUCCGCUCUUCUAUAUGAAAUAUGGGAGACGACAGACCGUUUGUGUGCAAUGCCCCAGGCUGUGGACAGAGAUUUACAAACGAGGACCACCUGGCAGUUCAUAAACACAAGCAUGAGAUGACAUUGAAAUUUGGCCCUGCUCGAACUGACUCAGUCAUCAUUGCAGAUCAGACUCCUACUCCGACUAGAUUCCUAAAGAACUGUGAGGAGGUGGGGCUCUUCAAUGAACUAGCUAGCUCCUUUGAACAUGAAUUCAAGAAAGCCGCAGAUGAGGAUGAAAAAAAGGCCGUGGCUGGGCCCCUUGACAUGUCUCUGCCUUCCACACCAGACAUUAAAAUCAAAGAAGAGGAGCCAGUAGAGGUAGACUCAUCCCCACCUGACAGCCCUGCCUCCAGCCCCUGUUCUCCACCACUCAAGGACAAGGAGGUUACCCCAAAGCCUGUUGUGAUCUCUACCCCAACGCCUACCAUUGUACGCCCUGGCUCCCUGCCUCUCCACCUGGGCUAUGAUCCACUUCACCCAACCCUUCCCUCCCCAACCUCUGUCAUCACACAGGCUCCACCAUCCAACAGGCAGCUGGGGUCUCCCACUGGCUCCCUUCCUCUCGUCAUGCAUCUUGCUAAUGGACAGACCAUGCCUGUGCUGCCAGGGCCUCCGGUACAGAUGCCUUCUGUUAUAUCGCUGGCCAGGCCUGUGUCUAUGGUGCCCAACAUUCCUGGUAUCCCUGGCCCACCAGUUAACAGCAGUGGUUCCAUUUCUCCCUCUGGCCACCCUAUGCCAUCAGAAGCCAAGAUGAGACUAAAAGCCACUCUAACCCACCAAGUCUCCUCAAUCAAUGGUGGUUGUGGAAUGGUGGUAGGUACUGCCAGCACCAUGGUGACCGCCCGUCCUGAGCAAAGCCAGAUCCUCAUCCAGCACCCUGAUGCCCCAUCCCCUGCCCAGCCACAGGUCUCACCAGCCCAGCCCACACCAAGCACAGGAGGGCGACGGCGGCGCACAGUGGAUGAAGAUCCAGAUGAACGGAGGCAGCGCUUUCUGGAGCGCAACCGUGCUGCAGCCUCUCGCUGUCGUCAGAAGCGGAAGCUAUGGGUGUCCUCCCUAGAGAAGAAGGCAGAGGAACUCACUUCUCAGAACAUUCAGCUGAGUAAUGAAGUCACAUUACUACGCAAUGAGGUGGCUCAGUUGAAACAGCUAUUGUUAGCUCAUAAAGACUGCCCAGUCACUGCACUACAGAAAAAGACCCAAGGCUAUUUAGAAAGCCCCAAGGAAAGCUCGGAGCCAACGGGUUCUCCAGCCCCUGUGAUUCAGCACAGCUCAGCAACAGCACCUAGCAAUGGCCUCAGUGUUCGCUCAGCAGCUGAAGCAGUGGCCACCUCAGUCCUCACUCAGAUGGCCAGCCAAAGGACAGAAUUGAGCAUGCCCAUACAGUCACACGUGAUUAUGACUCCACAGUCCCAGUCUGCAGGCAGAUGAUGCCUCCCCUUGUGGAGGGGUCCCCAGCCAGAGCUCGCCCGUCCCAGAGCCAAGAGAGAUGUCAUCUUAUCCCCUCGCAUCUGCCUUGGACAUGGCAGUUUGGGGGAAAAACUGUGUGUUGUGAGUAAAGGACAGAUGUGGGGCUUUUCAGCCACAUGGUCAUGGUCAUGUUGACACCUGUACUAGGAGCCUCCCAGCCCCAGAGCCAUAUAGAUCAUCCCCUAAGGGGGUGUUUCUGAUGUCCCCACAGCCAAAGGCCUUUCCAGAUGGCCUGAACGAUCAAUCGCCCUUGCCCAUGCACGUGUACUUCUCUCUUUUAACACUAACCCCUGCACUUCCAGUUUUCGGGUUUCCCAGUUCCCUCCCUUCCCACUAAGCCAUGACUGUACCUUCUUGUUCCUUAGCAGCAUGCCCCUUCCUGCUAGGUAGAGGGAGCUAGAAUCAACAGCAUGUCACCUGCUGACCCAUCCCCAGCCCCCUCUUGGACUCAGGACUUUGUGUCCCAGUAGCUGCUUAUUUAUCCCUUUUUACCCAUCCAAAGUUCUAAUCAAAAUAUUCACUUAGGGAGAAUGUAAGGUUACCUUUGAUGUAUGAAGUAGAAGUAAUUUCCGGCUCUUCCAUAAACUUUAGUCUUUCUCCCUAUCUCCUACCAAAAAAAAUAUAUAAAAAAUAAAAACAAA